CGGACUACAACUCCCAGCAUGCAACGCGUCGCCGGAGGCUUAUAUGAACGUUCUGCUCUUUCCGGUACUGUUCGUUUCGGCGGCCCUGUAGAACAACGUCAGAAAUAGGGAGUUUGUGGCCCACCGUCCUUAAGUCAGAGAAUGUCCCGGGAGCAGCAGGUGGCGGAGCGGACGCGGCGGGCCUUCCUCACGGGCCGGACGAGGCCCCUCAAGUACAGAGUGAGCCAGCUGAAAGCCCUGCGGUGCUUCAUCGUCGAGCAGCAGAAGGACAUCGCUGAGGCCCUUCAGAAGGACCUCGGCAAGACUGAAUAUGGAACGCAGCUUUACGAGAUGCUUGGGUUGGAGGAUGAGAUCACGGUAGCCCUGGACCACCUGGCUGAGUGGGCGGCACCACGGCCCGUCGGAAAGACGCUGCUGACCGCCAUGGAUGAGGUCUAUAUCCAGCCCGAGCCCCUGGGCGUGGUGCUCAUCAUCGGGGCAUGGAACUACCCCUGGGCCCUCACCAUGCAGCCGCUGAUUGGGGCCAUCGCUGCAGGAAACGCGGUGGUGGUGAAGCCCUCAGAGGUGUGCACUCACACGGCCAAGGUCAUGGAGGACCUGCUCCCCCGCUACCUGGACAAGGAGCUGUACCCUGUGGUGACGGGAGGGGCCUUGGAGACCCAGGAGCUGUUGCGGCAGCGGUUUGACCACAUCUUCUACACGGGCAGUAGCACGGUGGGAAAGUUGGUGAUGGAGGCGGCCGCCCGGCAUCUGAGCCCCGUCACACUGGAGCUGGGGGGGAAGAGCCCCUGUUAUGUGGACAAGGACUGCGACCUGGCCGUGGCCUGCCGCCGCAUCACCUGGGGCAAGUUUGUCAACUGCGGCCAGACAUGCAUUGCGCCUGAUUAUGUGCUUUGCGAGCCUGCCAUCCAGGACCGGCUGCUGCAGGAAAUGCGGAGAUGCAUCAAGGAAUUCUACACGGAUGAUCCAAAGUCGUUCCCGGAUUACGGACGCAUCAUUAAUCGGCGCCACUUUCAGAGGGUGAAGGCACUGCUGGAGGGCAGCAUGGUGGCCAUCGGUGGCGACAGUGACGAAUCGCAGUGCUACAUCGCACCUACGGUUCUGAGGGAUGUGAAACCAGAAGCCAAAGUCAUGCAGGAGGAAAUAUUUGGCCCGGUUCUGCCGAUACUGCCGGUCAGUGGGCCAGACGAGGCCAUCCGCUUCAUCAACAGCCAUGAGAAACCCCUCGUCCUCUACAUCUUCUCCUCCAGCAAAAAGGUCAUUAAGCAGAUGAUUGCAGAGACCUCCAGUGGUGGAGUCUUGGCGAACGACUGCCUGGUGCACUACACUGUCAGCGCAUUGCCCUUUGGAGGCGUGGGGCACAGUGGGAUGGGCCGGUACCAUGGCAAGUGCACCUUCGACCAGCUGAGCAACCUCCGCAGCUGCCUCAUCAAGACCCUGAGCAUAGAGGUGAUCAACAGGAUGCGGUACCCGCCGCACACGGCCGAGAAGCUGCGCUGGGCCCGCAUCCUGCUGCUGACCCGCCUCCGGCUCGGCCGCCUCCGCCAGCUGGCGCUGGUCGCUCUGCUCGGCAUGCUGGCCGCCUUCAUGUAUAAGAGGUUCAUUAUGUGAGAGGCAGUGGACGGGGAUCUAACAUCUGGAUCGGAACCUGGACCCUAUGAGUCUAGAAGGAGCUUGGCGCAGUGGAAGAUGGACCCAGCACUGCCUUUAAGCAAAUCAUAAGAGCUGAAAAUGUGAGAAUAACUCAUGCUAUAUAUAGUUAAGUAAGUAGGGGACCUUGUCCUAGGGGCCAACAGUAGCUUUUCAGCCUUCUUAGGAAAAGAAGCUCUUCAGCCUUCUUAGGAAAAACUUCUUGCCCCCACCCCCCCCC